GUCAUAUUUUGGUAUGUUACGCUGUUGGAUUAUUAGUAACAUGCAUUCGCCUCACAGACAGCAGCAGUACACCCAAACCAAAGGUGACGAAAUCCCAGCCUCGUACUCCUGCCUCAGAAGCACCCAGUGCCAAGAAGAUGAAGAAGACUGAAAGUGGUCACAGCAAUGGACAAACAAAGAUAAAGCCAACGUCUCAACUAAUGGAGCCGAGGAAUGACAAGACACUUCUGGACAUCUUCAGUGGGGUGAAGCUUUUCCUGCCUGUCUCAGUUCAGGACUUUGAUAAACUAAGGCGGUACUUUGUCGCAUACGACGGGGACCUUGUACCGGACUAUGAUGCCGCCUCAGCUACGCAUACGCUGGCUGAGCCGGAAGAGGACAGUAAGGCCCAGAGAGUGUCACCCAGCUGGAUCUGGGAAUGUAUCCGCAAGAGACGCGUCGUACCACCCUGUUAACAGAAAAACAAACAAAACACAUUUUAUACUCAGUGUUAACCGGUCCACAAACUAGUGCAAAUCACUGUUAACUUAACUUUAAAUACAUGUUAAACUUGGUUUUUUCUUUAUGGUUUGGACACAAAGCCAGAACAGACACUAUUUUAAAACAGAUUUGGAAAGAUUUCUGUGUCCAUCAGUGUAAUUUAAAACUGCUCUUAGGUUAUACUACUAGUGCACAAUUUGUUUUUGCCAUUUUCAGGUAAUUGGAAGAUUUUGAAUGCUAUCAAUAGCAUAGACAAUUUACUGGUGAGGUUUUAAUGAAAUAAGGCCUCUUAAAUGGGUGAAGAAUUAGUUAAAGCAACUAAACAUAACUACAUUUAGUCAUGAAAUACAUUUCACAAAGACAUCAUGUCAGUAAAAUCCCUGCAGUAAGACAUAUUUGCAGCAGAAUUGAAAGCUUUUAUCUGCAUUUGCAUUCAUUUACUGCCUUGAAAGGCAUUAAAUCCAAAUUUGUGACAUGAACUCAACCAAAUUUGUGUACCAUUGGGAAUACAAAAUAAGAAAUAAAAAUGAUUCAGUAACAUCA